CUGCGACUGCUUUGUCUCGGUGCCCCCUGCCUCGGCCAUCCCAGCUGUGAUCUUUGCCAAGAACUCAGACAGACCCCGGGACGAAGUGCAGGAGGUGGUGUUUAUGCCAGCAGAAACUCAUGUUCCUGGGAGCCGGCUCCAGUGCACCUACAUUGAGGUGGAACAGGUGUCGAAGACCCACGCUGUGAUCCUGAGCCGCCCUUCUUGGCUGUGGGGGGCUGAGAUGGGCGCCAACGAGCAUGGUGUUUGCAUUGGCAACGAGGCUGUGUGGACCAAGGAGCCAGCUGGGGAGGGGGAAGCCCUACUGGGCAUGGAUCUGCUCAGGUGCGGACCCUGCCCUCUCUCAUCUUUUCAACACGCCGGACCUCUGGGGGCUGAGUACCGACCCAGGCCAUCCUCCCCUCCCCCAAGCCUGGGCAGCAGGGUCUCCUUUCCGCCCACCAUGCCCCCACCAGGGAGGCUGCUCCUGCCCGCCUUCUCCUGGCCCCAUCUCCACAGCCAGGCUGGCUUUAGAACGGAGCAGCUCAGCCCAGGAGGCCUUGCACGUGAUCACAGGCUUGCUGGAGCGCUACGGGCAAGGGGGCAGCUGCCGAGAGGACCCCACGCCAUUCUGCUACCACAACACCUUCCUGCUGGCCGACCGGACCGAGGCGUGGGUGCUGGAGACGGCGGGGAGGCUGUGGGCUGCACACAGGAUCCAGGAGGGGGCCCGCAACAUCUCCAACCAACUGAGCAUCGGCACGGACAUCUCUGCAGAGCACCCCGAGCUUCGGACCCACGCCCAGGCCCAGGGCUGGUGGGGUGGGCAGAGCACCUUUGACUUCGCUCAGGUCUUCUCCCUGACCCAGCAGCCUGUGCGCAUGGAGGCCGCCAAGGCCCGCUUCCGGGCUGGGCGGGAGCUGCUGCAGCAACAGCAAGGGGGCAUCACGGCCGAGGUGAUGAUGGGCAUCCUCAGGAACAAGGAGAGCGGCAUCUGUAUGGACUCUGGAGGCUUCCGCACCACGGCCAGCAUGGUGUCCAUCCUGCCCCGGGAUCCCACACAGCCCUGCGUCCACUUCCUCACUGCCACGCCAGACCCGUCCAGGUCAGUGUUCAAACCUUUCAUCUUUGGGGUGGGGGCGGCCCAGGCCCCCCAGGUGCUCUCGCCCACUUUUGGAGCACAGGACCCUGCUCGGACCCUGCCCCGAUUCCAGACUCAGGUGGAUCGCCGGCACAUUCUCUACCGUGGACACCAGGUGGCCCUGGGGCUGAUGGAGAGUGAGCAGGGUCAGGGGCAGCAGCUCCGGCAGAAGCAGCGGGACCUGGAGCAGGAAGGCCUGGAGGCUGCGCGGGCGCUGCUGGCUGGGGAGUGGGCCCCACCGCCCCAGGAGCUGGGCGGCCUCUUCCAGGCCUUUGUGGAGAGGGAGAGCCGGGUGUACGCCUGAGCAGCACAGCUCCUCGCAGCCUAGGCUGGGGUGCAGGGGGCUGGGGGUGGGCGCAGGACCCCUGGGGUAGUGGGAUCAGAGCAGUCCCUUCGCCACCCUCACCUUGUUCUGAGUGGCUAGCUCGGCCUUUGCCUUAAUAAAUGUUUUAUUUCCUUGUUCAGUGAA